CAGCUCUUGAAACUGAACACCAACUCUGACCUUGGACGACUUCGACAAGGCGGUGCAGCCCUCGGCAUCGACGUCUCUGGGUUUCGACUGACAUUGCCACACUAUUACGACUUGGCAAGGAGCUGUCCGUUGGAGGCCGCUUCUCUUGAGUCUCAUUAUAGCAUUUCCUGCGCGCAGGGUUCACGCACCAUGUCUGAGGAACGAUCCAAGAUAUCGCUGCGGAGCGGAGGAAAGAGGAAGAAUCGUGCGCCUAUCAAGAUAUCCGGGCCCAUUCUACAGGAAGAUGCAGGACAGAGAGCACCCUCUGGGCCUUCAAUUGCCGCGGAUGGUCCUCGCCCUCGUCCGCGUCCCCCGCCACAGAGCAGCGCGAAGACCUCAGACCUUGUCAAAAGACGGUAUUCGACUCGCUUCAACAACAUCCCAGCUGACUUCGACCCGACCGCCAAUCCAGUACCCGCACUUCCCAGUCUCGAACAGUAUACGCAAGCUCAGACACAAGACCGCCGACCGCCGCCGUCAAGAGGAGGACGUAGUGAAAGCGGAGGUGGAGGCACCACCGGACCCCGAGUCGAUGUGAGGGUGCUCCGAGACCCUGGUCUCGCUCCUGAGCAAUAUGUCGCCGAGAUUCUCAGCGAGGCAACCGAGGACGAGAUCCGCGAGUACGAAUCCGCGCUGCGGAAGCUCAAGAGCCGAGCAUCGACGGACCUGCAGCAGAACGUCUACCAGAACCGUACGCAGUUCAUCAAAAUUAGCAAGGAGGCGGAGAAACUCAAGGGCGAGAUGCGCACUCUCCGGAAUCUGAUGGCAGAGUUAAAGGCCAACACCACUGCUCUGCGGUCGGCUUCUAACAGCGUCGAACCCACGGGGUUCGGUGGCCAGAUAGGUGCGGGUAUGAGCAGGAGGGACAAGCGGAGUUCCGUUGCCGAUAGGACCGCGCUAUGGAGCUCGCAAAUGCAGGCCUUGUACAAAAAUGUGGAGGGAUCUCAGAAGUUCCUCCCCAACACCGCGGGCCGUCACGUCGUGCAGAAUGCAGGGCCGUGGAUUGAGUUGGACAACGCGACUUACCGGUCGAGAAGAGUGAUGCAGAUUUUCUUAUUGAAUGACCACCUGCUGGUUGCCGCGCGCAAGAAGCGGAAGACUGACGGUCCUGCCGCUGCUGACAGCCGCGGCCCCAUCACAAAGCUCGUGGCCGAUCGAUGCUGGCAUCUGCUAGACAUGGAGGUUGUGGACAUGGCCGGACCCAGCGACUCCUCGAGCGGGAGGAACAAGCUUGCUGAUGCUAUCAUGGUCCGGGGAGGCGGGCAGAACGAGUCUUUCAUCUACCGCACUGAAAAGCCCGAGGACCCGGAGAAGGCGGCGCUCAUUCUCAACAUCCGGAAGCGUGUGGAAGAGCUGCGGAGGAAUGUUCAAUCUGAGAGAGAGGCUACAAAUAAGGCCAAGGAGACCAUCAACUAUUUCGCCUCGCGCGAUCCGGGUCUGUUGCAGAAGGCGGAGCUCCUCGAGACUCUCUCGGAUAUCAAGGACAUGCUGAUCGAAGUGGACGGCAAGCAACAGAAUCUUCGUUGGGUUGAAAGCCAGAUGGAUGAGCUGGACAUCAACAUUGCGCUUCAGCAAAUCGAGCCAGCUGUUGCUCGGAUAGAGAAGCUGAAGGGUCUGGCGUACGGGCUCAAGAACAAUGUCAUUGCUCAGGACUUCAUCUCGUUCAAGGUUGAUGAGAGGCGGGCCAAGUUGGUGACGCUGAUUGUUCGAGAGCUUGUUAGCACCCACAAUCAGCAGCGAAAGACGAAGCAGAACGUCUCUUGGUUAGCUCGCCUUGGUUUUGAGGACCGGGCGCGUGAAGCAUAUCUGGAAGCGCGGACUGAAACCAUCCAGAAGCGGUCGAGGCAAUGCAUCUUCCAGGGCAACCUGGACCAGUACAUCUGGGAGAUCUCCUUUGUCUACUUCGCCGUCAUCCGAAAUACCGUCAACUGUUUCCAGGCUUGCUUCCCGCCACCGAUGAUGAGUGCUUGCGUCAAGUGGGCGAAGGAGGAGGUAGACACCUUCAAUGCGAUCCUUGCACGGCAGCUGAGCGGCGAAAAGGAGGGUAGCGAGGCUUGGAUGCGAUGCUUGGACACCGCCAAGGAGCAUGCCAGUAUGCUCUCCGAGGUUGGUUUGGACUUCCGGAAUCUGGUAGGCCGGAAUCUGCAUGCGACGAUUGUUGAGUCGCCAAAUGCGCCGGCAGGAUUGGGUUUGAUUAUGGAAGCUCAGGCGUGAACAGGGGAGGAGUCCAGGCAGUCCCUAGCCCCAAGCAGUGCCUUUUCGGUAGCGGGAGAAGAGAAAUUCACUUCGGAGCAUACCGUUUGCCAUACCUAUGUUGAGACUCCUUGACGUCUUCUCGGUUUGCUCAGAUCCAUCCUGCGCUCCUGGUGAUAUCCUCUAAAGGCGAGGGUACAGUCACCUCCAGCGUUUGAGCUCAGUGGGACGUGUUGAGGCGGGGCUCUCAGCUGGUGCUGAAGCUGCGUCACAUUCAGCUGGAGUUGAGUUGGGUGGGGAACCUGGAAUCGCUCGCACAGACCGACAGCAAGCUAGGCGGGCUGAGGCGGGCAG